AUGGCGGGUUGCCGAAGGGAAGAUCUUAAAUGGGCAGCCAUCAGAGGGGGAAAUUCAUCUGCCACUCAGCUUCCACAAAACCUCGACGUUAAAGAAGCCGAUAAACCUCAUAUCACCCAAACUCUCCUAAUGAGGGCUGGAGAUGUGGAAUCCAACCCUGGACCGAAAACCAAACAUUCGAGUCAUUCCGAACGGGAAGAGGAUUUUGAUGACAUCUUGAAAGACGUUGCAUGUUUCAUCCGAGGCAACAUGGCUAUAGAUACUCUCGGCAAGGCCCUUGGUUUUGAUCCGGCCGAAAUCGAGAGGUACAUAGCCACAAACACCCGUUACCAGCAUGUGACGUAUGAUGGUACAUUGAAGAUGCUCCGCGAUUGGCGAGAUAACCAGACAGAGGCGGAAGGACGACCAGCUCUUGCAGAUGCUUUGAAGCUGGCACGGCUUGAACGACUUGCAGAUAUGUUCUUGGGGAUUUCUAAGGUUCCAGAUCUGCAAACCGCUUCUGAUGAUAUUUCACUAGAAGAUGACCUAUUGGAGAGUGUUGUGAAUGACAUUAUGAAGUACUACAUCUUCAAUAUGUGUACCAUUCAAGCAGACCCAACCAAUAAUGACGUAAUGUUCGAGUUCGACCAUAUCUACACCAAUCCAACGUUGCUCGAAGAAGAUAGAAAUGACAAGAAGAUCAGGAAACAGCUGCUCUUUCGCAACCUCCUCAAGACAAAAAUCAACGGACUUUUUCCGAAUCGAAUACUAGUACAAGCUGAAGGUGGAGCAGGAAAGACGACGUUCUGUGCUAAGAUAGCUUGGGAUUGGGUUUUUGGUCUUGGCUUCCAGCAGUUCAAGUUAGUUGCUGUGAUUCCCCUCCGCAAGGCUAAGGACAAGACAGUUGGUGAAGUUAUCAAAUCCUACCUAUCUGACAACAAUCCGGUUACAGCAGCGCAGAUAGAUAGCUACAUCCUGUCCAAUCCGAAACGCGUCUUGUUGGUGCUUGAUAGUUUAGACGAACUUGCUGCAAAGUUUUCAGACCUUCAUCAAAUCGUUCAAAUCAUUCUCAACCGGCUGUUCAUAUCCGGAACGGUCUUGGUAACAUCACGAAAGUCGAGGGUGGAUGAAAUCCGCAGCAUCACUGAACUCAAGAAGGUCUAUGCGUUCAUAUACCUAGAAGGGUUCUCAGUCGACAAUGUUGCUGCGUACAUCACGAAGUUCUUUAACCAAGACGCAACUCCCUCCCAAGAACUGAUUGAUUUCAUCACCACCAACGAUGUCAUUGCCCAAAACAUGGCACCUUUCCCGAUCUACAUUGCUAUGCUGUGCAUCAUGUGGAGGGAGUACGACGGAGAAAGACGAGAGGCAAUGUCUAAGUUGAAGACAUUUUCGCAGCUGUUUGAAGAGAUGGUCGACUUUCUGAUAGACCAUUGUGGAUCCAAGGAUGAUUCCCAGACGGUUCCCACUGUGCUGGAGCUCCGUCAGAUGAUUCCCAAUCAUCUAAUUGAGAUUGGUGAAAUUGCCUUUCAGGGGAUUAAAGAUAAAUGUCUAGAGUUUCCUGAAGACACCUUUCAGAGUUGCAGAGAAUCUAUGGAAAUCGGCUGCAAAGUUGGGGUCCUGACAAGAGAAAAGCAUGCUACCCCGAGACGUGACAGACGGAAGAACCCUUGCUUACAAAUGUCCAUGGUGCAGUUUCCCCACAAGCUCUUCCAAGAAUUUAUGGCGGCCAAGUAUGUGGCAUCACUGCAUUGUUCAGAUGACGGCAGAUAUGAGAGGAUCAUGGCUGAAAUCAUUGAAAAGAAGGAGGAGUUUCGUUAUCUACUGUAUUUCACGUCUGCUCAAGGGAGUGAGCAUGGCCUGGACAUUGUGACGCGUCUCAUACUGAUUGUCCAAAGAGAGGUCUCCUUUGUUGGAAAACGCAUUGAUGAAUAUUCCCUAGAUAGGGAAUGGCGUUUCAUCGUUGAUGUAGCGUAUGAGAGCCAACACCAAUCAGUGGCCAAGAAAGUGGGGAAUCAAUUCAUGAUAAGUAAGAAAACCUUGCAUAUUCAGCAUAGUUGGUCAGCACAUACGAUAUCCGGAUUGCUGUACAUCAAGGACCAUCUGGGUGAAGUGGAUUCCCUUGUCUUGCAUAAGGAAUGUGGCCGCAUAGCUUCGCAGGACCUAGUAGAAUUCAUCCUGUCAUCGGCAUCACUGAGAACCAUGAGGAUUGGCGGACCCAUUACUUCUGCCUUCUCACUUCCCAUGCCUUCUGACAUGAUACCAAAGCAUGCUGCCUUCUACUCAAUCCUUGCUGAUAAGGUACAGCAAUGUCAGAUUCAGAACCUGACGAUUUACUACGCCAGCCUCCACUCCCAGCGACAGACAUCACGUGACCUGGCAGAGUUCAUCUGUCAGAUUCCUCACUUAGAGAGUUUGGAAUUGCGCGAGAAUAAGCUACACAAAGACUUCUUUUCGAAAUGGGCAUCGACUAUAUCGUCGGCAAAGGGUAAUAUUCAGAGCACAACACCUCAUACCUCUCUGCGUGAGUUGAGAGUAGACAACGACAUGGUGAUAGAAUUGCUGUCAUGUGGUGACAUGUUUGACAGUGUGGAGAAGCUAUCUAUCUACAUCUCGCGUAAAUUCGGGUUUGACUUCAUCAAAAGGAUGCAUGGGUUCCAAGGAGUUACAGAGCUAUCCAUCGAUGGCAGACCCACUCACAAUCCUUACCCGGUCAAAGAUGUGCCCAUCACAAUGAUCAAGAACCUCGAGAGGGUCUUUCCUCAACUAGUCAAGCUGACAUUCAGAAUUCCCCUGGGCAUUGCAAUCGUCAAACAGAUCUUGGAAUCACAGAGAGAGACUCGAGUCCUCAGAGAACUGAAGAGCGUAAGAGUUCUGACGAUUCGGUUGUCUAAGAUGGAUGAUGACUGGGACGAACUGCUUGCCCUCAGAGACAAAAUCAACAACGAGAAGGUCUUCAGAGUAGAGGUGGAGAGUGUGCUGUAA